CCAUCGUCAUGAAAAUUGCCAUCUCUUGUGUUAUUGCGAGCUUCUUGCUCUUAAGCUUUGUUGAUCUAUCCGCAGGAACGGAUUGUGGAUGCCCGACUACGACAACUCCAUGUCCGCCAACAACAACCACAUGUACAACAACGACAACCACAUGCACACCAAAAACAACCAAAUGUACAACAACAACAAAACCACCUCAUGUACAACAACAACAACCACAUGCACACCAAAAACCACCUCAUGUAAAACAACAACCACAUGCACACCAAAAACCACCUCAUGUAAGACAACAACCACAUGCACACCAAAAACAACAACCACAUGCACACCAAAAACCACCUCAUGUAAAACAACAACCACAUGCACACCAAAAACCACCUCAUGUAACAACAACUCCUUGUACAACAACAACAACUCCUUGUACAACAACAACAACCACAUGCACACCAAAAACCACCUCAUGUAAAACAACAACCACAUGCACACCAAAAACCACCUCAUGUACAACAACAACUCCUUGUACAACAACAACAACUCCUUGUACAACAACAACAACCACAUGCACACCAAAAACAACCUCAUGUAAAACAACAACCACAUGCACACCGAAAACCACCUCAUGUAAGACAACAACCAAGAAAACCACCUCUUGUUGGCCUAAGACAACCAAACGUAGACCACGCAAGCCCCAUGGACCAUGUGGUCCCGGAGGUAAGGCUUGUCCCGGCUGCCCAUCUCAAGCACAGCUCUGCAAGGAGCUCUUGAGAGAACUGGACGCCAUUGAAAGGAAGAUCAGGUACUGUGUCUGUGGAGGGUGUAUGUAACUGUUGUAAGACGGAUAUGGACCCAGUAUUGUGAACCAUCAGCCCGAUCACUGACUGAUCAAAAUGGAUACCCACUGAAACUCGUUAAUUAGUUUAUAAUACCUAUUUUUUGUUUAAAUAAAAAUGAAUUCUAUUGCAUACCAA